GAGGAGUGUUGGGAAAUUAGAAGUGACCGAUCAUUACAAGGUAGAAUGAAUAUUAUUAUUUAUGCUGUUAGAAAUUUGAAGAGCUGCAUAAGCCAAGUGGAGAAUCUGAAUCCAAGUGGUGCAUCUGAAUUUGAUAUUAUGGAAAAGGCAAAGAAAUUAUUGGUUCAAGAUCCAAAACUGAAAAAAGGUUUUAAAUUUGACCAUGUGUGGGUUUUGAUGAAGGAUAUCCCAAAGUUUACCGAUAAUGUUAAUUUUGGUAGUCCAAACACUCAAGAAAGCAAUGUUGCUGGUUCUCCAACAUCACAAUCUCCGGGAUUGUCUUCAUUUUCAAUCAACUUAAGUAGUGAUGAUGGUGGAUCAAAUUCAUCACAGCGUCCCAUUGGAUCAAAGAAAGCAAAACUCAAAAGAAAAAUCUCAGAAGGUAACAAUUCUUCAGUUGACACUUUGGUUUCAUCAAAUGAACAAGUCAUUGGUUUUUUAAAAGAAAAUGCAUCAGCUAGGGAGAAGAAUUUUGAAUUAACUCAGCUACAUAUGCAAAACCAAGCAAAAAAAAAACUAGCCCUUAAAGAAAUGCAUGAAGAGAAUAAAAUGUUGUUAACAAACCUAGAAUCUAUCAGUGAUCAUACUACUCGUGAGUUUAUUCGAUCUGAACAAGAAAGAAUUAUAAAGAAAAGAACUCGAGGACAACAACAGCCUCCCAAUGCACCAACUUUUUAUGGACAACUUUUUAGUGAUAUUGAAGGUUCGGGAUCAGGUUUACCGGAAUAUUAGUAUAAUUGUAAUAUUGCUUAUGUAAUUUUAUUUUAUGCAUUUUUAGUUUUUGUAUUAACUUGUUUGAUGUAAUAUUGUCUUGUAUAAUAUUUGUUUAAUAUUAUUAAAAUAUUAUGCUUUGUUUUUA